UUGGGCUUCACGCUUCAGCCUUGCGAGCCGCAAUCUCAUCCAGCCUUGCCAUCCGCAACCUCACCCCAACAACCAGAAAAUCCACCCAAGAUGGCCGACCCCAAGAUGCAGGAGCUUCUCACGAAGACGCGCUCAGAGCUGACUGAGUACGAGCUGGCGCAGCUUGAAGAGUACGAGUUCGCUUCCGGCCCCCUGAGCAUCCUCCAGACCGCCGUGCGUUCCCACGUGCAGGUCCUCAUCUCCAUCCGCAACAACAGGAAGCUCCUCGCACGUGUCAAGGCCUUUGACCGACAUUGCAACAUGGUCCUCGAGAACGUCAAGGAAAUGUGGACUGAGACCCCGCGUUUGGCGGACGGGAAGAAGGGCCGACCGGUGAACAAGGAUCGGUUCAUUAGCAAGAUGUUCUUGAGAGGAGAUAGUGUCAUCUUGGUGCUUCUGAGCUAAAUCAUCCCGCCAUGAUAUGAGGGCCGAGAUUUACUUGAGGAUGAAUGGGAUGCUGUAUGUACGGCGUUAUGGACGAGACUCAUUAGGGUUACAUAGGCGUUGAAAACAGUCUGAUUUUGCGCACAUGGUCCAUAUUCGCAUCUGCUCCUAACAAUACAGGCUCUCUCAUCCCAGAUUUCACUCGCUAUAAGUCACCAUACUGUUCAAGUUGCCACUGCUACAAUGGGGGUAAUCCAGGCUCAUCAGAUUCAAUCGCUCAACCCAAGGAAGAAACACGCAAGACCCCAAGCACCAGGGUCAGGAACCUCCUGAUAUCCACUGCCUCCAACAUAAACCGAACGGCCGAGACUGGC